AUGUCCACGUCGGACGGCGUCAGGCCCGACAGCCUCAUCCGAAAGACCGACGGCCGCCGGUACUGGGAGGCCGCGACGGCCGACCUUGACGGCAUGCUCGGCGGCAUCCCCGCCGUCUUCAGCCCCAUCUCCCGCGUCGACCUGCAAGGCUCGCGGACCUUUCUCUCCCGCCUCGGUCCCCCCCCCCGGCGCAGCAUCGGGAGGGUUACGGAGGGCCUGCUGUCCCGCGUGGCGCUGCAGAUUGACGUCGUGGAGCCGGUGGCCAAGUUCGUCGAGGUGCUGCGGCGGCGGCCGCGCGUGCGGCGCGUCUUCCCGGUGGGCCUGGAGGACUGGUCGCCGGCGGCGGGGGACGGCACGCGGUACGACCUCGUCUGGAUGCAGUGGGUUCUGGUGCACCUGACCGACGAGCAGGUCGUGGGGUACCUGGAGCGGUGCCGCGAUGCGCUGGUGCGGGGCGACGACAAGGCCGUCAUCGUCGUCAAGGAGAACGUGAGCACCAGCGGGCGGGACGAGUUCGACUCGGUGGACAGCACCGUCACGAGGCCGGGCUGA